UAAAGAUUCGAAAUGGGCGGGCGGCUCAGGUUCGCCGGUCAGACUGGCAGAAGUUAGGGCUAGUCUGACCUUCUGUUUUCUUAAGAGAAUGUAAAAUCGAACAAAGUCGAAAAGAAUGAAGCUGUGGGAAACUGCAGUGGUAGUGGAAGCGCUCCAGAGCGAGGAAGACAACUCUAUUACGGCGCGGGACUAGCAACUGAAGGGUCCUUGGAGUCCGUGAGCUAAUCGGACGCCUACUCUGUGCCCAGUGCUUAGCAGUCUCGCGGUGGCUGAGCCCUAGACGGCCGAGAGCACCCCAGCCACUAGGCCAAGGACUAUAGCCGGCGUCGGAUGCGCCCCGCAAGCCCGAGGCUGAAAGGGCGAAGGGAAAUCACGGAAAGGAGUGAACGGGAGCGAGCGCGGGAGUGAACCGUACGGACUGUCACAAACAACCCGGGAAUAUUCCACCCAUGAAGUCACUUCUCUUUCACUCGCGAGGAACUUCCAGGACGGUGGCAACCGGAACCGCAGGAGCACUUCUCCGGGGAGACUGGGUCGGAGUCCGGCUCUCCCUGGGGCCGAGGACGCCCCCUCCCCCAGCCAAAGGCUCACCCCCUUCUCUCGUCCUCACUUGCCUCGUGAGGUUUCCCCCAACGCCGUCUACUGCCCUUCCCAACCCCCAGUUGAAUCCAGGCUCAAGGAGGAGAAACGCUGAUAUCGUUCAGCAGCAGUGACCACAGCAAUCAUGGUGAACUUAGUUCAGAUUGUGCAUGACCACUGGGUACAUGUACUUGUCCCCAUGGGAUUUAUCUUUGGAUGGUACCUGGACAGAAGGAAUGAUGAAAAGCUAACUGCCUUCCGCAACAAGAGUAUGCUAUUUAAAAGGGAAUUGAGGCCCAAUGAAGAAGUUACCUGGAAGUAGACUGUGGCUAAAUUACAGAAUAUUCAUAUUUUAAAAGCUAUGGGAGAAAUAAAAAUGUUUGUUAUUU